GUUUAGGCUAUUCGAGGGAUUCCCCGAUGCGACAUUAGCACACCUCACCUCGCCUCAGCUGAAAGCAUGUAUGCAUGCAUGCAAAGCACACCUUUUUCUUAUUAAUAGCAGUUUUUCUUUUUUUUUCCUUUCUCAUUUUUCAGCUGCAAAGUUCCAUUCGUCCCAUCCACGUCCUCGGUAUCCUCUACUAUUUCUACCCUUGUAAAGUACGUAUUUUAUCUUACGUAUCCGUUUAGGGUAUCUCGAAACGGGCGUAAGAAGGUUUAGAUCUUCAGGGACGCGCUGAUUGUGGUUGGCUGAAAAUCCGAUCAAUCGACGGAUUCGGAAAGUCUGAUGAGUAAGCUAAUUUAGUGGCGGACUUUUUUUUUUUUUCUUGCUUCUUAUUAAUGUUUACUUUUUUUCUUUUUCCUGCUGUACAAAGGGGUGCAAUUACAUAGGGGGUAAGAUCUUAUAUCACAUGCAUUUAGCUUCAUGUUAGAUCAGCCAGCCAUCUUAUUCUGAAUAAUUGAUAGCUCAC